UGAUUAUCCGGUUAAAGCCGGAUAUCGUAGAUUUCUUGUCAAUCACAAUACAUGUAUUUAUUUCUGCUUCUUCUUGACCAUAAUGGCGGCGGCGACUCCAGCAUCACAACCUUUGCGACCACGGACCUUCAGCGUAGGUAGCUGCACCAGCACAAGCAGCGUGUUCAGUGUCAAGCGUCUGAAUGCCGAGGCCAUGUUGAUUGCCGGAGCUGCAUGGGUCCCAGAUGAUGCCAUUGACGCGUGUAUGGUGUGCUUCGUUGCGUUCACUGCAUUCCGACGCAAACAUCACUGCCGCAGCUGUGGCGCGUUGGUCUGCGGCGGCUGCUCGAAAGGGCGCAUGCGGAUCGAUGGCCUGGACCAGAGGUCUCGCGUGUGCGACGUGUGCCAGCGAACAGACGUGCCACAUCUUACUUGGCAGGAAUGGUUGUGGAACAUUGAGCUCUUGCGUGCAAAUUGCCAAGUGUCCACGUGGUGGAGCUGUGUAAUGAAGCGUCGGCACAUGUCCUUUUCCACGAUUCCUUCCCUCGACGACAUUGAGCGGCGCUACGGACAAAAUGCCACCCCCACCCUCGGACCGAACCCGUCCAAACUGGCCCAAGAUUUGCACCAAAUUCACAUCGAUACCGAUCGGACCUUCAACCUCCCUCGUCAUCGCAGCCUGCCCUUUGACCCCCGCAGCACUACCAAGGACUCGCGAAAGCACGCGUUGCGGCGCGUACUCAAGGCGUAUGCCACGUCUAACCCGUCGAUUGGGUACUGCCAGGGCAUGGAUUAUGUCGUCGCGGUGCUCUUGUUUGGGUCCAAGUGGGAGUGCUCCCAUGCAUUUCGACUGCUUUAUGUUCUCAUGGAGUCGUUCGACCUCCAAGGCAUCUACGCCCCCGGACUGCCGUUGCUAAACGCGCGCUUUUACCAACUGGACGAAUUGGUGCAUACCCACCUCCAAGACCUCCACGAGCAUCUAGUAGACCACCACAUGCACCCGAACGCGUAUGCGACGGGCUGGAUCCUGACGCUGUUUGCAAACUGCCAGGCGUUGGCGCCGCGAGUGGUGCUGCGUUUCUUUGAUUUGUUCAUCUCCAAAGGAUGGAAAUCGUUCUUUCGAGUGGCGCUGGCCCUGCUGUCCCUUGCCAAGCGCAUGCUCAUGCUCGCCCACACGACCGAAGCUCUGAUGGCUAUUCUCCAUACAUCCCUGCAUGAGCUCGUCCCCGAGUCGGACACGAGCAUCCAUAGCUUCUUCACCCUGGCGAGGAGCUUCAAGGUGACAAAUACGCGCUUGCGGUCGUUGGAAGAGCAGUUUUGCCGGACGUCGAAUGGCGGCACGUUUCUCGACGAGGACUUGAUGGACCUUCAUCAUCCUAUCUGUCCAACUUAGGAGUGACCAAUGCUAAACUUGAUUUCUACUACAAUGUAGUCCUUCCAGUAGUAAGCUUAGUUCAUAGUUAACCUCCCCCAUACUAAAAACACACAAAGCAGCAUUUCCUUGUCUUAUGGCUAUAUGUACAAUGUACUAACUAGUACAUCCCCCUCCACGCUGUAUGUGUACAGUAUGCACUUACUCGGUCUUCUUCGUCGCGUGUUGCUGCUCCAACUGGACAAACGGCGACAGUCCGAACGAGAGCAAAAGCGCGACGCUGGCAAACACCACGGCGACCACAACCACGUCGAACGAGGCGGUGAGGGGCGGCAGCACGAACCCGUUGGCUGUGACAAGGUACCCUAAGGACCCCACAAGCGCCACGAAGGCGGCGAUGGCGACGCCGCUCAAGUUUGGCAUCUCCAGCACAUCAUUGUGAAUCGCUUGCAGGGCCAUGUCUAGAACCGCCUGGCGUGCCGGCGUGUGGGUGCCGUUGGCCUGGAUGUCCUGGACGUAGUUGCUGAACAUACCGCGGACCUUGGGCAUGGACACGGCAUGCUCCAAGAGAAACGCGGCCGUGCCUUUGCGCACCUUGACGACGCCAGUAAACACGAGCGGGUUGUUGUACAGCUUGGCGAGCGUGGCGACCGCCAUCACCUGCGGCAUCGCGCAAAAGAAGAACACGUCCGGGUGGUGGAUGCCCGAGAGGUACGUCAUGCAGUCGGGGAUGUGGCGCAGCGCGUCAAACACCAUUUCGUUCAAGCAGGCGAGGCUCGCCGGUUGCUUGCUCACGUCGCGCAUGUCACCGAGGUUGCCCAUGUGUUUCUUCCAAAUCUCCUGGGGCCAGAACGUCCGCCCUUCGACAAAGUCCUCCAAGUAGUCGCGGAUGAUGUUGACCUUUUGAAGGAACAACCCCAUCGAGUUGCUUAGCAUGGUGAGCGAGCCCACCGACGGCGCCUCCAGCCCGCUGGCCGAAAACAGCCGGCUCAGCCCUUCGCCGACUAGUCCCGCGACGUAGUAGCAGUACUUGUCGUAGUCGGCGGUGCGCACGGUGCCUUGGCCCAUGUCCACCUCGACGAACUCGGCCAUGCCGGCACCCAUCUUUUUGGUGAUGUCGGCAAUGAUCUCUUGGUGGGACGUCGGCAGCGACGCGAACGACCGGUUCAUGAACGCGAUUUGCUCUAACACGGUGGCCUCGUCGCCUUCGCCGAUGCCAUGGAUCGAUAGCUUCGUGUCGUACAGUUGCAAGUAGAACUCAUGCAGCAUUUUGAUCUUGGUCGCGUUGUCGAUGCGCUUCAUGUCGUCUUCGACCGUGUCCAGCGCGCGCAGCGCCAAGUAGAACACGCAAAUGGACAAGCGAAGUUCCUCGGGGAGGUUCACGAUCACCAGGGUGAAACUGCGGCUGACUUUCUUGACCAUCUUGAAGCACCACGCGUCGUCAGCGUUCAAGUUGGUGGGCAACUGUUUGGGCCCGACCAGCUUUUCCUUGACCAGCAUCUUGACCGCCGCGAUCACUUCCCACGGAUGCGACAGCUGCGCCAGCUUGCUUUCUUUGUGGAUUGGGAUGGAGCCAUACGCUCCUUGCUUCUUCGAGUCGUCGGUUCCGUUGCUCGAGCCAAACAGCUUGGCCAACACACCAAACACGACCACACUGGAGAUGACGCACGACAUGUUUUCAACGAAGAGGAUGGACAGCGUCGAGAAGAGGUCUUGAAGGAGGCAGCGGAAGCUUUCGACUGCAAAAAAAAUGGUACGAUCAGCAUAUCCAACCACAACGAGCUUCCCACGACAAUCGAGU